AUGCGCAUUGUGACAGGUGCUCUUGUGUUUGACGUUGAAGAUCCGAAUACGCCCCGCAUCCUUCUCCUCCAACGAUCUGCCAAUGACAGCAUGCAUAAUCAAUGGGAAUUUCCGGGCGGCGGCUGUGACGACGAGGACGAAAGCAUUCUUCACGCUGUGGCGCGCGAGCUCUGGGAAGAGUCCGGUCUUCAGGCAAACCAUAUCAGUGGGCCUGUCGGGGAUCCGCACUUCUUCACCAGUCGAUCUGGGGCGAAAAUAUGGAAAUUUAGUUUUGCGGUGCAGGCCAAAACACCUCCUGAGGGGCGGUUAAUGGCAAGGCUGGACCCCACCAAGCACCAGCGAUUCGUAUGGGCCAGCCUUGCAGAGGUGAUGGCGAAGAAGGUGGCGAAUAUCGAAUUGGAUUUUACAACACUGGAGCUUGUGGCUACCAUACUUCAAGCUUUCGAUCACCUUGAACACAAGUGA